CAUUUUGGUUGGGAAGCGAAGUAGAUGUUAAUCAAUCUAUUGACUUAAGCCACGAAAAAUUUAGUUGUAAUCGAAAUUGGAAUUUGUUUUACAUUGAUAUAGAGGUUGGAAAAAAUCCAGAUUUCGACACAUCACAGGCAGUUGUUCUGUCAAUCGAAGCUUUCAAUGCCCAAAAUUUUAGUCCCUUCAACAUGCCUCCCCGAGAUUUUUGUCUCUGCAUUUUGUUUUGUAGAAUGGAUGUGAGACGAUGCCUGUAUAGAUCGAGAGAUCAUUGGAUUUGAAGGUGGAAGAGGUUUUUCGCGGGAGAUUCGAUUUCAGAUCUGAAUAAAGAUGAUGAUGACGGACAAGGACGACAUCUGCUUUGAGUGGUCUCAACCACAUGAGCUCAUAGAUCCAACAGAAAGUCAGAUGGAAGAUCCCCAUAAAACCUUACAACGUGAAAGUUCCAUAUCUUUUGGGAGAUUUGAGACUGAUUCACUGUCGUGGGAAAAAUGGUCUUCCUUUUCACAAAACAGAUACCUGGAAGAGGUGGAAAGAUUUUCCACUCCAGGGUCAGUUAUUCAGAAGAAAGCUUAUUUUGAAGCUCAUUUCAAGAAAAUUGCAGCUAAGAGAGCUCUGGAACAGCAGGCUCAGUUGGAGUCUCAAUCAGGGAUCAGCAGUAACUAUAAUGAGGAUGGUGUGAUUGUUAGUAAUUAUAACGAGGAUGGUGUGGUUAAUCAUAAUUAUAAUGAAGAUGGCAUGGUUGAUCAUAAUAAUGAAGAUGGCAUGAUUGAUCAUAAUUAUAAUGAAGAUCAAUAUCUUGAAGAGUCACCAGAUCCAAAUGACGAGGACUUUACAUUUUCUCAUUCGAUUGAUUUUGAUAAUUCACCUCACCAUACAGAUACAGAGGAAGGGAAUUUCAUUAUAAUCAAUCCAAAGAGUGGCAUGUCUGUUGGUCAAACAGAGGAGGCAAGUCAAUUACCUCCAGCAAUGAACAAUUUUGAGCAAGAACAUGUUUAUUCAGAGGCCAUUUCUUCAAGCAAUAACCUAGUAAUGGAAAAUGACAAAGAACACUGUAGACUUGUAAGGGAUUCAGAGGUGGAUGAUUUUAAUAUGAUGGAUGUUGACAAAACAAAUCUAAGAAAAGAAGAACAAGAACAAAGGCAUAGUCCAGAAUCAGCACAUUCAGACAAUAAGGACGCCAAAGAAGCAGAGGAAAAUGAGGUGGCAUCCAACCAUGCCUUAAUGGAUUCUCAAAAACAAGAGCAAAAAGAAAAACCCACUAAGAAGAAUACUGCUACUUCAAAUGGGAAAAGAGCUAAAGUCCCCCAUAAUGGAACAUCCAUUUCAUCAAAAGCGUCAUCCAAUGGUACAUCCAGGACAUCAAAAGUUCGGGUUUCAUCAGGGCCUAGCAAUUCUGCGAGGGGUCUUCCAAAGGUUUCAGCAAAACCAGACAGUGGUGUUGUGAUUACGAAGGAGGCUGAUGUAGAUGCAACCAAGAGGAAAAAAUCUGUUUCCUUGACUGCAUCAAUUAAUUCGGGAACAGAUAAAAGAGCAUCAACUAGAAAGGUCCUCGGGGACAAGAAACAAGCCUCAAAAGCAGAACUAAAUAGUUCAACAGUGACCAUAACUUCAAAAAAAGAGGCUUCUGCAAAUGGGGUGCCAAAGACAGCUGGCUUGAGGACACCUCAUAAAGAGCAGACUAGGCAUCAAAAUGACAACCUGACAGCUCCAAAGAAAAAAACAGAGAAAAAGCAACCUGAAUCGAAAAUGGGAGGAGAUGCAGCCAGAUCAACUCCUGCAGGGUCUCACAAAUCCCCCAGUGCAAAUAGGUUGGAAAACAAAGCAAAUGGAGUAAUUUUCAGCUUCAAAAGUGAUGAAAGAGCAGAGAAAAGAAAAGAGUUCUAUAUGAAACUGGAAGAAAAGAUGAAUGCUAAGGAAGCUGAGAUGAACCAAAUUCAAGCAAAAACACAGGAGGAAAUGGAGGCUGAAAUAAAACAACUACGUAAAAGGCUCACUUUCAAAGCCACACCCAUGCCCACUUUCUAUCAGGAAGCAUCAUCAACAAAAUCAGAGAACAAAAGGGUUUCACAAACCUCUGCAAAGUCACAAAACCCUGGAAAGAAGAGUAUUACUUCUGGUACAGAUUCAGAUUCUAGCACUGUACCUACUCACAAGAUAAGUUCUAUGCAAGGGGUCAAGAACAACACAAGUCCAUCAAAAAAACAUACGGAAGCUCAACCAGAAAUUAGUGUCACCUCCCAUGUUAACAAGGCACAAAAGGAAGGAGGGUCAAGAAAUCUUUCCCCUGGAAAGCCCUUAAAAUCAAAACUCCCAGUCAAUGCCAGUCCUAAAAAAGAAACUGUCCAUCCUGCCAGACAAGAGAAUUCUUCAGCAAAAGUGAAUUCUGAUGGAUCAAAAUCAAGAGUAACUGAAAAUCUAUCUACAAAUGAAGAAAGCAAUAAAAAAAGUGCUCCUAUCACCCACGAAAAAACAUCAGUAUCCAUUUCUGAAAGUUCAUUGGAUGGCAGGCAAGAGGAUUCGAUGAAUGGCAAUUUUGACCCAUCUAGUGAAGUGCACAAUGUUGCACAAGCAAAGAAUGAAAUGAAUAUUGAUGAAGCUGAAUCAAAGAUAAUAGCUAACACUAGAGUUAAGGAUGCAUUGCAAAAUACCCACAAUGCGAAAGAUUCUGAAAAUGGCAAAGAAAAGUUGGGUGCACAGAAGGCUGAAGGGGUUAAGGAUAAAGACGCUAAUAUAACAGGUGGUUCUGUGUCAAGGAUUAAACCAAAAUCUCCACGAAAUGCUUCACUGAGCAUUGGUCAUGAAUCAAAGGACAAAGCAAUCAAAGCAGCAAAACUUGAUCGGCAAAAGAUUAUAAUGCCUGUUGAAAAGGGAAAGAGGGAAUCCCCAACAAAUGCCUCAAUUAAGCGUGGCAUGAAAGACAAUGCAGGAUUGGCUUGCUUAAUUGCAGAUGUAGCUGUGGCCUGAUUAAGUUGGUAAGGAAAGUAAGUUUCAUGUCAGCUUAUGAAAUCACACAUAAUUGUGGUUAAAUUUGGUAACUAUUUGAGGCAUAUAUAUAGCUGUACCUAUGCUUCCUAGCCCAUAGAAAAUAAAUGAUGCAGCAUUCCUGUGGUUAGGAGAUAGAUUAUGUACUCUACGUACCAAUGAUAUUAAGCUAUGUUAUUGGUCGGAUAAAUUUCAAUUUUACAUGUAACUUGGAAGGCUUACAUGGCAGCAUUUCUGUAUCAGAGCUCUAUAGUCAAUGAGAGAUUGUGCUGAAGCAGGUCUAUUUUUUUGGCAUAGAUAUGAGAUUUGUACUGUAAAUUGUUGAAUUGAUUUGGCAUCAAAGUCUGCUACAUAUUUUGUUCUA